AUGUCAGGCGAAGCGCCGGCUGGACUGGCACAAUUCCCUAUUACGAGGCUAUGCAUGCUAACAACAGUUAUACUGCCGAUAAUCGCUUCCAUCGCGGACUGCAAAUAUUGGUUCUUGGUUUAUGACGAUCCAUUUAUAACCGAGUACAAGCAAUACUACAGAUAUGUUAUGUUUCAAAUCGCUGCAAUUAAUGAAACCGAUGUUGCGCUGAUAACCCUGAUAUGGUACAACUUAAGGCACCUGGAGAGGCUGUUCGGGAGCAGAAAGUAUGCUAGCAUUAUCGUCCUUUCAUGGUUUUACACCACUGCAACGAUAGUAUUAAUGAACAAGCUCUUCAACCUCAACCCCUUUUUCAGGUGGAACAGAUUGACUAGUGGAAGCCUUCCCACUGUGCUUAGCCUUUUCCAUUUUUACAAGGAGUACACGCCCCAGAUUUACGAGUUCGACGUCAGGUUGACCAAGCCAUUUGGUCUUCGAUCAAAGCAGCUGAAGUGGACAUUCAACGAUCAGUUCAUGAUCAAUACGCUGGUGAUGAUAAUGCUAGCGAACCAAGGCAUGAGCGGACUGGCAACUGGUUUCUUAAGCUGGCUUUGCGGGGUCUUCAUCGACAAGGGCCUCUUGCCAGGCUCAGAAGUUUUCCGGGUUCCCUCGUUUAUCAGUCGACCUGGCCACAACCAGGGGCAGACGCUAGUGACAGGCACAGAGUCUGACGCAGCUGAUGUUAGUGAAUCAGGGGCACAGGGAUCGGUGACUGGUGGCGACGAAGAGCCUAGCGACGAGCCAGCGCGUCCACUUGGGGUACAGUUUCUCGAUACAUUUAGAAUGUAA